AUGGCCGAUCCACUCUCCAUUGCCGCUUCAGUAGCCGGCCUACUUGCGAUUUCCAGCAAGGUCAUCUUCGGCCUCAAUACAUUUGCCUCCGCCAUAUCGCAUACCCCUAAGUCCCUGCAACGAGUGGUCGCCGAAGUCGUUGCUGUGAACCGCAUUCUCGGAGAAGUCCAGAGGUUGAUUGCCUGGCAAUCUGAUGCCGAACGACCCAAUAACCCAAGUCUGGACCUGGUUCAGCUUGAUCAGCUCGUGACGACCUUAACUGGCUGUGUUUUGGUGUUUUCGGAGUUGGAAAAGCACAUGGAUGACCUCGUAGGGAUGGAGUCUGGCGUCUCAGGGUCCAAACCGAGAAUCGUCUGGGAACGGAUGUUGUGGACGAGGAAAGAAGACGAUAUUGAGAAGUUGAUGGACGACUUGCAUCGACACAAAACAAGCUUAAGCCUGAUGCUGAAUAUCAUCCAGUGGUAG